AAACUUAAAGUAAUCCAUUCUGGAGCCAGGAACAGAAUCUUACCCCUUUCUUUAAACCCCGCAAGUUGCCUCCGCCCGAUCUACCAAGAACCAAGGAAACGUACUUCCCCGGUCGUCCCGCGGCUCACGCCGCUCACAUUAGGAGGACCAAGACUCUAUGGUUAGUGGUAACGAAGGGCCUUCUCUCUCGGCGCUUGCGCAGUGGGCGGUGGGUCCGCAUGCGCGCUGGGUUGAGCGAAGCGCACGCUGAGGAGGUUCGGCGUCCGGUGCUGGUGUACCGAGUCUCUUCGUUGGCGUUAAGGAGCACGGCGUGGGAGCCCAGCUCGGGAUUGACGCAUACAGCUCAGAAUGCCGGGUCUAAGUUGUAGAUUUUAUCAACACAAAUUCCCUGAGGUGGAAGAUGUAGUGAUGGUGAAUGUAAGGUCCAUUGCUGAAAUGGGGGCUUACGUCAGCUUAUUGGAAUACAAUAACAUCGAAGGCAUGAUUCUUCUUAGUGAAUUGUCCAGAAGACGUAUCCGUUCUAUAAACAAACUGAUCCGCAUUGGCAGAAAUGAGUGUGUAGUUGUCAUUAGAGUGGACAAAGAAAAAGGAUAUAUUGAUUUGUCAAAAAGAAGAGUUUCUCCAGAGGAAGCAAUCAAAUGUGAAGACAAAUUCACAAAAUCCAAAACUGUUUAUAGCAUUCUUCGCCAUGUUGCUGAGGUUCUAGAAUAUACCAAGGAUGAGCAACUGGAAAGCCUGUUCCAGAGGACUGCCUGGGUCUUUGAUGACAAGUACAAGAAACCUGGAUAUGGUGCUUACGAUGCCUUUAAGCAUGCAGUCUCAGAUCCAUCUAUCUUGGAUAGUUUAGAUUUGAAUGAAAAUGAACGAGAAGUACUCAUUAAUAAUAUCAAUAGGCGUUUGACCCCACAAGCUGUCAAAAUUCGAGCAGAUAUUGAAGUAGCUUGCUAUGGUUAUGAGGGAAUUGAUGCUGUAAAAGAAGCCCUGAGAGCGGGUUUGAAUUGUUCUACAGAAACUAUGCCCAUUAAGAUUAACCUGAUAGCUCCACCCCGGUAUGUGAUGACAACGACAACCCUGGAGAGAACAGAAGGCCUCUCUGUUCUCAAUCAGGCCAUGGCAGUCAUCAAAGAGAAGAUCGAGGAGAAGAGGGGUGUGUUCAAUGUGCAGAUGAAGGUUGGUAAUCAGAAGACAGAAGGAAGUCUUGCCACCGCCCUCAUUUGAGGAACCAUCUUGAGCAGUCUCUCAACAAAGCAGUACAAAAUAAAUGGAUAAUGUUAAAGUCUUUCCCAAGAAUUGAACUAGGGCCUCAGGCAGGUCCUCUACCACUGAGCCAUAUCCUAAACUGGAGUCUGUCUUGUACUCCACUUCUCCAUGAAGUCCCGUCUAUAUCAGCUGAUAUGAAUGAGGACCCUGGUCCUGUUUGUUCCCUUAGGUCAUGUUAGCUUCUUGAUAGCUUCAAUCCACUCCGCUCGCUCAGCCUUGCUGCUGGCCUGGAUAUAAUAGUGUGUGUCGUCCUUUGUAAUCACUUUGAAGAGGUUUCCUUGGACAUUCCCUUUAACUCCUACACAGGAGAAAAAAAGUAUUGAAUAUCCGUGUCAACUUCCAGCUUAGAGCUGAGCAUCGACUAAGACAAAAACACUAGAGUGUUUCCACUCCCUAUAACCAUAUGGCCUACCAGUGGUUAUUCCAAACAUUUGCAGCUUGCUUGUUUGCCUGCCUUUGUGUUAGCUAUAGACCUACAGUUUCAUUCACAUCAAAGAAUACUGUUUAU